UCCACCGUCUCCAACCUCAUGGUCCUGCCAUCUUCUCACCGCACUGGUCCCUACUUUACUCCCUUACCAGUCCUGCAAAAGGAUGCCAGCAAAGGGAUUUUAAGUAUGAUAGAACGAGGGCUGAUUCCCCCAACAGCAAGGAUCACCUUCCAGAACCCACCCAUUAAGCCCAAAGCAAUUCCUUUACAUAGCUUCGAUGAACCACGGAGGAUUCCACCUACAGUGAUCUGCUCUCGUGAAAAGCAGAGAGGGAAGCUGGAGAGUGGCACCGCGCAGAUGAAUCUUGCUGUGCGCCAGAGUCGGCGGCUACCUGCUCCCUGCAGACCUCCACCUUUUAACACCCAGAUUUACCUCUUCCUCAAGAGAUUUUCCAUGUGGGGAAAAAGCAGAAGGUCAAGAGGAUAUCUUGAGAAGAAGAUCUUGAAAGUCUCUACAGGAUCAAAGGCUGCAAAAACACCGUGGGAACAUGACUUUUUUAUACAUGAGGGCACCAUAGACAUGUCAGCUCCAGACUUCAAAGCGUUCAAGACGCACUACAAACUAACCUGGGGCAGCAUUUUUUCCCUCUUGGAGCACAUAGAGAACUAUCUCAGGGAUUAUGCCAUACCAGAAGUCAAAAUAAAAGGGAGGAAUUUGGUGGCCUUCCUCCCCGAAUUUGAGCUGAAGAAUAAACUUUCCAAAUAUGACCUCCUCUCCUUGCUGGAUAACCCGCUUCACAUUCAGAUGCUGCUGAACAGUCCAGGACAGAGAUACAAGGGCCAGAACGGGAGGUCGGUGGCAGCCAUCAAGAUCCAAGCCAUGUGGAAAUGCUACCGGGCGAGAAAGCACUUCCUGUGCUACCGCCAGCAGAAGUGGGCAUCGGGCGUGAUUGCCCUGGCGUGGCUCUUACACUGCCACAGGGCCCGGGUGAAGAGGAUCCUGCAGGAAGCCAGGCAGAGACACCUGCAAAAUUUCCGCAUCCGAGCCAAGCAUCUGGCAGCCAACUGGAAUCGCAUCAGGACCUCCAGGAGGACUAUUAUCCAUAUCCCAUCAUUAGGGUACACCCAGCCUGUGCGAAAAGUUAUCACCGAUUUCAACAUACAGCAGAACAUGCAGCUGGGGAGACUGUGUGAUAUCAUAGAUGCCAAUGUGAAUGUCAUCUACGUCUGCUCCCACUCUAUGAAUGAAGAGUUAAGACAGUAUUACAACAAACUCCUGAGUCUACAUGCAGCUGUCAAAUCGGGGAACACUGAGGACAGAAGUGACCUGCAAAACAGGUUCAAAAUUAUCACCCCUGAAGCUGUAAACAUCUUCACUAUGAUAGAGCAACUGAGCCAGCUGGUGACCGACCACCUACAGAUCCAACGAUGGGUCUUCAAAAUGGACAUGGAAUUCGGAGGAAAUGGGACAGCCUUUUGUGACAUCCCUGCCCACCUACAGUGCUACAACUGGGUGUUAAAGGAGAGCAAGAGGUACGGCCGUGAAGACUGGAGCAAGAAGUGGGCACAAGAGUCAGCCCUGGUGAAGAUCUCCGAGGAGCUGGCGGGCAUUUUAGCACAGCACGCGCAGCCAGUCAACAAGAAACGCUUCCCGACGUGGAGGAAAUUCCUCCAGACGUUUCUUUCUCAAGGGGGCGUGAUCGAGGCGUUCCCACCUGCGGAAAGCGUCACCAACCUCACGGUGGACAUGUUGAUAGAGCCCAAUGGAGAAAUCAAAGUGCUCUCAACCGGGGACCAGCUUCACUCCGAAGGCCCCUUCAUUGCCUCCGGUACCACCAUGCCUCAGACCUCAGUGGAUCCCCAAGUUCUCAGUUCGUUGUGUUUCCAGAUUGGAACCGCCUGCAGAAGCAAAGACGUGGUUGGUUACUUUUCUAUCGACCUGGUGACUUUCAUCAAUCCAGGAACCUUGGAACAGCAAAUAUGGGUAACAGGUCUCAGCCUCUCCUACAGUGACCAGCUGGCCAUGACUCAGCUCACCCUGUACCUGACAAAUGGCCAUCUGGACUGCAGCCUGAGCAUUCUGGAAGUUCCUCACUUUGCUCAGAGGAAAGACAAGACUCGCCCCAGCAUGCCAGCCACAUCUCCGAACAAUCGGUGUGGAUCUCCAGGGGGUCCUCAUGACCUUUGCUCGCAAUCUCUUCAUCAUCCAUCAAGAAAUAUCAGCACCUAA